UUACACUGAGUGGAGCAACCAGUGAAGCUGUAGAGCUGGUGAUUUCUGGUCAGAAAGUGGUGGGCAGCCACUAGAGAGCCAUUGUGGAUUUAUCAAUUCCCAUUAAUUCCACUUCGCAUGACUCCAUUUCCUCCUUAGCCUUAGUGUUCUCUGAACUGUGGAGGGUGUAGAAGCUAGGGAAAGCAGUUGAAGUGCUACUGGAGAGCGUGCGUGGAGAAGAGCGCAUCUAAAAUCCAGAGCAGGGUAGUCUUUCCUCUCAUGGACGUCUGGCUUUGAUUACAUGUGGGACUAAGUGUUUGAGAGAAUAUCCUGCCCAAGAUGAGUGAGGAAGCCAAGGAAAAGGGCAACAGCAAGUCAGCUCACCGGAAGAAGAAAGGCAAAAAGACUGACACAAAUGCCAGUUAUCUGCGAGCGGCCCGGGCCGGAAACCUGGAGAAAGCCCUGGAUUACCUGAAAUCCGGGGUCGAGAUCAACAUCUGCAACCAGAACGGCCUGAACGCUCUUCAUCUCGCCUCCAAGGAGGGACAUGUGGAGAUCGUGGCACAGCUUAUUAAACUUGGAGCCAUUGUGGAUGCGGCAACGAAGAAAGGAAACACGGCUCUGCACAUCGCCUCUCUCGCUGGUCAGACUGAAGUGGUCAGAGAGCUGGUGAAUAAUGGAGCCAACGUCAACGCGCAGUCACAGAAUGGCUUCACUCCGCUCUAUAUGGCUGCACAGGAGAACCAUCUGGACGUGGUUCGCUUUCUGCUGGACAACGGCUCCAGCCAGAGCAUCGCCACGGAGGAUGGCUUCACUCCGUUGGCUGUAGCACUGCAGCAGGGCCACGAUCAGGUGGUCUCUCUGCUCCUUGAGAACGACACUAAAGGGAAAGUCCGUCUUCCUGCGCUCCACAUCGCCGCCCGCAAAGAUGACACCAAAGCUGCGGCUCUGCUGCUCCAGAACGACCACAAUGCCGACGUAGAGUCUAAGAUGAUGGUGAAUAGAACCACAGAGAGUGGCUUCACCCCUCUGCACAUUGCUGCACACUAUGGCAACAUCAAUGUGGCUACACUGCUCCUCAACCGAGGUGCUGCCGUGGACUUCAGAGCCAGGAAUGACAUCACACCUCUCCAUGUGGCAUCGAAGAGAGGAAACAGCAACAUGGUCAAGCUGUUGCUGGAACGAGGAGCACGCAUCGAUGCCAAAACCAAGGACGGUCUCACUCCGCUCCACUGCGGAGCCAGAAGUGGCCACGAGCAGGUCGUGGAGAUGUUGCUGGACCGCGGAGCUCCCAUUCUGUCCAAGACGAAAAACGGACUGUCCCCGCUGCACAUGGCCACACAGGGAGAUCACCUGAACUGUGUACAGCUUCUGCUGCAUCAUGACGUACCUGUAGAUGAUGUCACCAACGAUUACCUGACGGCGCUGCACGUAGCAGCCCACUGUGGACACUACAAAGUGGCAAAGGUCAUCGUGGACAAGAAGGCAAACCCUAAUGCCAAAGCGCUGAAUGGUUUCACACCACUUCACAUCGCCUGCAAGAAGAACAGGAUCAAAGUGAUGGAGCUGCUGCUGAAACAUGGAGCGUCCAUACAGGCAGUGACAGAGUCUGGACUCACGCCGAUUCACGUGGCCGCCUUUAUGGGGCACGAAAACAUUGUGACUCAGUUGAUGAAUCACGGUGCAUCGCCAAACACAACCAACGUGAGGGGAGAGACAGCGCUCCACAUGGCCGCCAGGGCUGGACAGACGGGUGUAGUAAAAUACCUGGUGCAGAACGGAACUAACGUCGAUGCCAAGUCCAAGGAUGACCAGACUCCACUGCAUAUCUCCAGUCGUCUGGGGAAGCCCGAGAUUGUGCAGCUGCUGUUGCAGCACGGAGCCGCGCCCGACUCCACCACCACAUCUGGAUACACACCACUGCACCUGGCAGCCCGUGAAGGCCACAAAGACGUAGCCUCUAUACUGCUGGACCAGGGCGCUUCACUGAGCAUCACCACCAAGAAGGGAUUCACGCCGCUACACGUGGCAGCUAAGUACGGUAAAAUAGAGGUGGCCAACCUCCUGCUGCAGAAGAGAGCUCCUCCAGAUGCAUCAGGAAAGAGCGGACUAACUCCACUGCAUGUAGCUGCGCACUACGAUAACCAGAAAGUGGCUCUUCUUCUCCUGGACCAGGGGGCUUCUCCCCAUGCAGCUGCCAAGAAUGGCUACACUCCUCUACAUAUAGCUGCCAAGAAGAAUCAGAUGGAGAUCGCCACCACACUGCUGGAAUACGGCGCUGAUACCAAUGCCGUCACUCGACAGGGCAUUAGUCCACUCCAUCUGGCUGCCCAGGAGGGUAACGUGGACAUGGUCACCCUGCUGCUUGCACGUGAUGCCACCAUCAAUAUGGGCAACAAGAGUGGACUGACUCCUCUUCACCUGGUGGCCCAGGAGGACAAAGUGAACGUAGCUGAAGUGUUGGUUAACCAGUCUGCUGCCAUGGAUCCUGAGACCAAGAUGGGGUACACUCCGCUGCAUGUCGCCUGUCACUAUGGCAACAUAAAGAUGGUGCACUUCCUCCUGAAGAACCAGGCUAAGGUCAACGCUAAAACGAAGAACGGAUACACUCCACUGCACCAGGCUGCACAGCAAGGCCACACACACAUCAUUAACCUUCUCCUGCAGCACGGAGCCUCGCCCAACGAGCUGACGCUGAAUGGAAACACAGCUCUGUCCAUUGCCAGACGGCUGGGUUACAUCUCAGUAGUGGACACUCUCAAGGUUGUGACAGAAGAGACCCUGACCACCAUGACGGUGACCGAGAAGCACAAGAUAAACGUUCCAGAAACAAUGAACGAGGUUCUGGACAUGUCUGAUGAUGAAGUUCGUAGAGCCAAUGUCCCUGAAAUGCUCACUGAGGACUAUAUUUCAGAUGUUGAAGAAGGUGAGGACGUGAUGAUGGGGGACACGGAUAAGUACCUGGGUCCCCAGGAUCUGCGCGAGCUCGGAGACGACUCUUUGCCUCAGGAAGGUUACGUGGGUUUUAGCAUCGGGGCCCGAUCUGGAAGCCUGCGCUCCUUCAGUUCGGAUAGGUCCAACACACUGAACCGGAGCUCUUUCACCAGGGACAGCAUGAUGAUCGAGGAGAUCCUGGCACCCAGCAAGGACACGCAUCUGGCUGUAGCUAAAGAGUAUGACACUGACUCUCUGAGGCGAUACAGCUGGACAGCAGACGCCCUGGACAAUGUCAACUUGGUGUCCAGCCCAGUUCAUUCAGGUGUUUCUACACCACUCCCUCAGUAUGACUCCAGGUUCCUGGUGAGCUUUAUGGUGGAUGCUCGUGGCGGCUCCAUGCGAGGCAGCCGUCACAACGGGAUGCGCAUCAUCAUCCCACCACGCAAGUGCACGGCCCCGACUCGCAUCACCUGCCGUCUGGUCAAGCGGCAUAAGCUAGCCUCGCCACCGCCCAUGGUGGAGGGAGAGGGACUGGCGAGCCGACUGGUGGAGGUGGGCCCUGCUGGAGCUCAGUUCCUCGGCCCUGUGAUAGUGGAGAUCCCUCACUUUGGCUCCAUGAGAGGGAAGGAGCGUGAGCUGAUCAUUCUUAGGAGCGAUAAUGGAGAGACUUGGAAGGAACAUCAGUACGACUGCAAGACUGAAGCCCUCAAUGAGCUCCUGAAUGGCAUGGACGAAGAACUGGACAGCAUUGAAGACCUGGAGAAGAAACGCAUCUGUCGAAUCAUCACUAAAGACUUCCCACAGUAUUUUGCCGUGGUGUCACGGAUAAAGCAGGAGACUAAUCAUAUGGGUCCCGAGGGAGGGGUUCUAUCCAGUAUGACUGUUCCUCAAGUCCAGGCCUCUUUCCCUGAAGGAGCUCUUACCAAGAAGAUCAGGGUUGGACUUCAGACCCAGCCAGUCCCAGAUGAGACGGUGAAGAAGAUCAUAGGCAACAGAGCCACAUUCAGCCCCAUCGUAACAGUGGAGCCACGCAGAAGAAAGUUCCACAAACCCAUCACAAUGACCAUCCCUGUGCCUCCUCGAUCAGGGGAAGGCAUGAACAAUGGCUACAAAGGAGACACAACACCUUGUUUACGUCUUCUGUGCAGCAUCACAGGUGGCACCUCCCCUGCACAAUGGGAAGACAUCACUGGGACUACUCCGCUCACCUUCUCGAAUGACUGCGUCUCGUUCACCACCAACGUGUCUGCCAGGUUCUGGCUUGCAGACUGCCAUCAGAUUCCAGAGACAGUAGCUUUGGCCACUCAGCUGUACAGGGAACUCAUCUGUGUGCCCUACAUGGCCAAGUUUGUAGUCUUCGCCAAAAUGAACGAUCCGGUGGAAUCCAAUCUGCGAUGCUUCUGCAUGACGGAUGACAAAGUGGACAAGACCCUGGAGCAGCAAGAGAACUUUGAGGAGGUGGCCAGAAGCAAAGACAUUGAGGUUUUGGAAGGGAAGCCUAUCUAUGUGGACUGCUAUGGCAAUCUGACGCCUCUGAUUAAAGCCGGACAGCAGCUGGUUCUUAAUUUCUAUGCGUUUAAAGAAAACAGACUGCCAUUCUGUGUAAAGGUGAGGGACAACAGCCAAGAACCUUGCGGACGGCUGUCCUUCCUCAGAGAGAUUAAAAACGCAAAGGGGCUUCCCCAGACCGCUGUGUGUAAUUUAAACAUCACUCUGCCUGCACUCAAAAAGGAUAUGGACUCAGAUCCUGAUGAAGAGACUGAAAAGCCAGAACGACGUCAUACCUUUGCAUCUCUAGCCUUACGUAAGCGGUACAGCUAUCUGACUGAGCCUGGAUUGAAAACAGUUGAGCGAAGUACAACAAGAACACUGCCUGCUGGUUACCCUCACAAACCUGUCUUUUCAACAAGAUCUUACCAGGCAUGGUCAACUGCUCCUGUUACCGUCCCUGGGCAAACAAAGUGUGGACUGGGUUCCCUCUCCAGCUCACCUUCCAACACGCCAUCUGCUUCGCCAUUAAAGUCCGUUUGGUCAAUAACCUCAGCUUCUCCACUCAAGUCCACCCUGGGAACCACAAAUGCAUCUCCUGUAAAGUCUGUUAGUGACAUAGCAUCACCCAUUAGAACAUACAGAUCUAUCUCUUCACCUAUAAAAACUGUUGUUCAGCAAGGCCAAUACCCUUCACCAGUUUCUAGCGGGCUCAUGUCUUCAUCUUUCAAAACCGGCACAGAUCCUGUGUCAAUCAAGGGACUUGCUGCUUCACUGUCUUCAAGACCUAUCUCUGUACCACCAUCUGGUUCUAUACUGGAUAGAACUUUCACCACGAUGACCCCCCCUGAAUCUCCAAAGUCAGUUGCGAAUUUGUAUUCUUCAGCUUUGUCACUCCGAUCAACUCUUACCUCUGCACCUACUGCAGCAACACCCACGUUUAAACCCUUAACAAGUCUGUCAUCUAUGAAAACUUCUCCAGAUCGAGGUGCGGUCUCCAACGGGACAAUUCUCUCAUCAUUCUCUUCAUCAGCUGGGCCUACCGUUGCCUCUGCUGAAACAGUCCUUCUUAAUGGAUCUGUGUCCCCAGUCAAAUACCCCUCUUAUUCUCCUAUAUCACCCCGUCUACUCUCAGAAGGGGCUAGCAGUUUGCAGGAGAGGAUACAAGCUACAACACAGGCAGCUGCUUCCAGUGUUAGCGCAGCUUUUUGUGAGGCUGAAAAAACACUAAUUGGCUAUUCUACAUCAAGCUAUGACACAAUGAAAUCUAUGUCAUCUCCUCUGAGAUCAAAUGUGUCAAAUUCAAUGUAUGCUUCCUAUAGAGCCCCUGGUCCUUCUGGUGCCCCUCUAUCAACUAGUGCUAUGACCGUACCAGUUUUCUCUGUAGUGAACGUUCUCCCUGAGCCCCAAGAAAAGAAAAUAUCUGACCCGAUAUUAAUGGUACCUCAGACCACCACUCAAACACCGACAUUUACCCCCAGAUCGAAACCUUCAAAACCCCACCUCUAUAUCCCUUCUGCAGCGUUUAAAUCAGCCACUGCCACAUCAAGUCAAGAUAUUUUACGUGACGUGGCAGACAUGAAAGAGGGUCUUAUAAAAAUGACUGCCAUAUUGCAAAAUGACGCCGCUAACGUAUCAAAGACAUAUCAGUCCCAGGCUAGCAGAGAAUCUAAAAUGGAGGAUGAGGAACCUUUCAGUUUAGUUGAGAAAGUUAAAGAAGAUCUCGUGAAAGUCAGUGAAAUCCUUUCUAAGGAUGUACUGAGUGAGACAAAAGUCUUUGCUAAGGACAAAGCAUCUGAGGAUGAGUGGGAGGAGUUCUCUAAAGAUGAAAUAGAGGAGGCUCAACAGAGUGUCCUGAAAUCUCAUCCCACAUUUGAAUCCACCCUUCCUGUUAGACCACAGUCAGUGCAAGACAAAGACUUGAAUUUAGCCAAGGUGGUUGACUACUUAAUGAAUGACAUUGGUGCUAGUUCACUUACAAAAAUUGCUGGUGAAAAGAGCAAAUACAAUGAGUUGAAGGAGGGAGAGGAAAAGCAGAAACGUACAUUCAAAUCUGAGCAUAAACUCAAAAUGCCACCUCCAGGCAUGCGCACCUCUCCUUCAGAGAAAGAUUUAUGCAAAUUAACCGAUUCAUACAGUGGGACAGAUGCCAUUCUGGAAUCCCCUGAUGACUUUUCCCAUGAUCAGGAUAAAAGCCCACUCUCAGACAGUGGUUUCGAAACCCGAAGUGAAAAGACUCCUUCGGCUCCUCAGAGUGCAGAGAGCACAGGACCCAAACCUCUAUUUUCAGAUGUCCCUAUUCCCCCAGUCAUAACAGAAACCAGAACAGAGGUCGUUCACGUGAUCCGAAGCUAUGAGCAUCCCGAAGAGACCUGUGAGCCCCUACUGGAAGAAGCUGCUGCAUUGCAGUCACCUGCUUGUAUUGAACCAGAGUCAGCUGCUGGCUCCAUCAAAGACAAAGUAAAGGCCUUUCAGAUGAAAGUCAGUGCUGAGGAUGAUUCGGUAAUGAGCAAAAGUAUGUGUCUGAAAGAGGAAACUCAUAUAACCACCACAACUAGAAUGGUCUACCAUAAACCCCAAUUAAAAGAGGCAGGCUCUGACAGAAUUGAAGAAACCAUGUCAGUUCGAGACAUAAUGAAAGCUUUCCAGUCAGGGAGAGACCCUUCCAAAGAAUUGGCUGGGCUAUUUGAGCACAAGGCUAGUAAGGAUUCUAUCAAAGGAGAUGAGUUAACACCACGGUUCCUCGACAAGGACACAAAACCCAAAGUUGAAAGAAUAAUCGAGGUUCAUAUAGAAAAGGGCAACACAACAGACCCAACAGAGGUAAUAAUCAGAGAGACAAAGAAACACCCCGAGUAUAUAUGCAAAGGCAGCCGUGGUCUGAAGGAACUUGCUAACAGAGUAGAAGGCGAUUUUGGGUCUCUGCAAGAAGAUGAACUGUUUACUGCUGAGGAAACAAUGCCCUCUUUCUUAGAAACAUCUAGAGUCAAUACACCUGUUUCUCAAGAGGAGGAGAGCCGACCCGGUUCUGCUCAGCUCAUUGCCGAUGACUCAUAUAAAGCUUUUAAACUCCUAAGCCAGCAGUCCAUUGAAUAUCAUGAUGAUGAACUGUCCGAGCUCAGGGGAGAGUCUUAUAGAUUUGCUGAGAAAAUGCUUCUUUCUGAAAAAUUAGACACGUCACAGUCUGAUACUGAAGAUUCAUUUGUUAACCAGGGAAGUGGCAGCACUCCUGAAUUAGGAGCAGAAGGAUUUUAUGGCCCCAAAAAGGAAUCCAUUUUCAGGUCAGCAAGGGAAGCGUCUGACAAAUUUUUCCAUAAAGAUCAGUAUGAUAAACUGACGGUGUUGCACUACACAACAGAACCUGGCAGCCCCAAACAUACAGUUAGGAUGCACUUCACCCAAGAUAGGCAAGACAGAAAUAGAGAGAAACUAAUAUAUGAAGAUCGCAUUGACCAAACUGUUAAAGAGGCCGAAGAAAAACUAAGUGAAGUUUCGCAGUUUUUCAGAGACAAAACAGAAAAGCUAAAUGAUGAGCUUCAGUCCCCUGAGAAAAAGCCUCCCAUGAGAGACUUCAGAGAGACACGCUCAGGCCCAAGCUCUGUGUGCAGCAGUCCUCAGAAAACAAAGCCCAAAGCUGAUGUGAGCUGCGAGGAAUGGGAUAAGGGGAAACAGAAAUUGUUUGGUAGCAUGAAUGAAAGAAAAAGUGCUAGUUUGCCGAGCAGCCCAGAGAGGCGUGCACAGUCAUGCUUAAAUGAGGACAAAUCUAAACAGGAAAGCAGUGCUUGGCAGUCAAAGGCAGGUGAUAUUUCUUCCCCAGUUCAAGUUAAGACUUCCAGAGUGAGCUCUGUUAGGCUCAAAUUUGAAACAGAGGUCCAGAAUCAAGAUAAAAAUAUGCCAAGUACACAAUCAAGACCACCUGUGAAAAAACUUCAGGAAAGCAAGUUACCUGUUUAUCAAUUUUUUGCAGGCUCAAAGGCUUCAAAGGUAGAUUCCACAGAGGAAGGAAAGCCUCUGAACAAAUCUGCAGACAGUGAUAAAAGUAAAGUGAGCUCCAGCCAAAGUCCGUCUUUUAGCAAAUUUGGCACUGCGUCAUGUUCAUCAGAAACAGCCGACACCAUUUUCAGCAAGCCACAGUUUGAAAAGGUCAGUAAGCCAAAAGAUGACACAUACGAAAAACCUGACACCAGUAAAGUCAGAACUAGUGAAAAUGGUAAGGAUGCUAGUAGUAUUGAUAAGCAGAGCACAAUCAGUGCUGACCUUAAGGGGGAACAUUUUAAAAAUGUAUUUGUAAAGGAGUUAAAAUCAGAUUUGGCAUCAAAAGAGAACCAAACAGACAGCGAGGACACACAUAUGAAGACGCUUAAAAAAAAGAUCAUGGAAUCACAAAUUCCUGUGAGAAUGUCAUCCAGUCUCCCUGAUGCUGAUCAAGGAAAGAAAGUGAAACAAGAUACAGUUGUUAAACAAUCGGAAAAGAGUCCAUCACAUAUACCUACCUUAGCUAAAACUAGAGUUCAGGGUCGCUCAGAAGUGUCUAGGGAAGAGGCUUUGACAAAGACAGUUGAAGGUUCUGGUAUAGAGGGGGGUGGUAUCAGAGAUCCAGGUUCAGGUAACUACAAGGACACAGUGGAAAGGGUUACCACGGUCACCACCAGGGAAAGUUUCAAAGGACUGAAAACAUUACCAGUUUAUGUAAGCGUGCAAGUAGGAAAACAAGGUGAGAAAGAUUCAGCAGGAGGGACAAAUGGAUCGAUCAGGAAAAUAGUCGGAUCAGAGAGCCGGACAAUUUACACAGUCAAACAGAGACAGCAAACUUCCCCUCAGGGUAGCCCAGAUGAUGACACGUUAGAACAGAUAUCUUUUCUUGAUAGCUCUGGGAAAAGUCCCAUAACCCCAGAAACACCUAGCUCUGAGGAAAUCAGUUAUGACCUCACCUCAAGAACCCCUGAAUGUUUCAUGGCAUUCAUACCAGGCAGUGCUAGUCCAAUAGCUGAAGUCUCAGAAGAAUCAGAGGAUUCAGAGCAAGGCAAAGUGUUUACAUUUAAAGAACCUGUCCCAGAAAAGGUCUCAGACACUACGGCAGCCAGCAGGAGUCAGGAUACCGGACAGACAAAUAAAGACAAAAGAGUUGCCUACAUAGAGUUUCCUCCUCCCCCUCCCUUGGACUCAGAUUCAUCACAGACAGAGAAAAAAGGGUCCACUCCUUCCUUAGAAAUGGACACUGAUAUGAUGGAGGUGAACCUCCAGGAGGAGCAUGACAAGCAUCUUCUUGCAGAGCCCAUAAUUAGAGUCCAGCCUCCAUCUCCUGUGCCUCCUGGAGCUAAUGACAGUGACUCAAGUGAAGACGAAUCAGUAUUUCAACCCAUCCCUGUAAAGAAAUAUACCUUUAAAAUUGACGAGCAGGACCAGGGGAAGGAAUCCAAACCCAAAAAACAUGACAGGAAUGGCAAUCAUAAAGAUCCCGGGAUAAACGGUAACGGCAAAGCCGAGGACAAUGACUACGAACAAAACGGCAACGAUCAGUCUAUUACAGACUGCUCGAUAGCAACGACUGCCGAGUUCUCUCAUGACACAGAUGCCACAGAGAUUGAUUCUCUGGAUGGAUACGACUUUCAGGAUGAGGAUGAUGGCCUUCAUGAAAACGAUGUCAAAACAUUUGGAUUUUCCAAUGACAACAGAAAAGACAUUUGGGCAUCAGAAAGCAUGCUUAGGCCUAGCGACCGUUCUUUCAGCCAAAGUAAACUAGAAGUAAUUGAAGAAGAAUCGCCAACUGAGGAGUACAAAAAGGCGAAAACGAAGACCGAGCCUGCUGGUAAAAAAGCAGAAAAUGGAAAGGACAAUGAAAAGGACAAAAAGCAAUCGAAUGAAGAAGGACUGUCUGACACUUACUUUAGCUACAAGCUAGAGGAAGAGUUUAAUACUCCAUUCAAAACUGUCGCGACAAAAGGCUUGGACUUUGAUCCCUGGUCAAGUAAAGGAGGAGACGAUGAAGUUGUCGAUGCCAGAAUUAAAGACGACGAGCCCAAGCCUUUCGGGCUAGCUAUAGACGAGAAGUCUCAAGCCACUACCCCUGACACGACUCCUGCGAGAACUCCAACUGAUGAAAGCACACCAACUAGUGAACCUAACCCGUUCCCCUUCCAUGAAGGGAAGAUGUUUGAGAUGACCCGCAGUGGUGCAAUUGACAUGAGCAAACGGGAUUUUGUUGAAGAGAGGCUGCAGUUUUUCCAGAUUGGUGAGCAUUUAUAUGGACGGAGACCUGGGAAUAAAAGGGAAGGGGUCACAAAUCCAAGUGUAGUCACAUCACAAGCACAGCAAGUAGAGCAUGCACAGGUUAAGAUGGAUAACAGCUCAGUAAUAUCAUACAAUAUCAUUCAGAUUUGCGCCGAUCGCUCGGACACUCCAUCUCAUGACAACAUUAUGGAGCCACCCUCAUAUUCAGAAGUCAGUUCUAAUUUGUGUUCCUCUUUUAAGAUAGGAGUCAAAGACACAUCUGGUGAGAAUAAGGAAUUGGUGUGUAUGGACUGGGACAGUUUUACACUUAAAACAUCACUAGCUUCAGAAGGCCACAAACCAGAAACGAGUACAGAAAGCCAAAAUGAGCCGAGGACAGAUUUUUCCAAGACAGAGCAGAAAUGUAUCCAGACACAGAACUGCAAUAAUAAUAAUAAUCUACAGGCUUCCAGUGUUACACAUAUAUACACACAGUACAGCACUGUAGAACAGCUUCAGCACUCACAUCCCGAGACCAGCUACUUUAAACCUAUUUCAGAGGAUUUACUCAAAACUGGCUCAGAUUUAGUGAGAGAAGAGACCAGGGUAAAUGUAAUUCCACAAUGCCACGAACAAAGUGCUGCGUACAGAGAAAGCGUAAUUCCACAAUGCGAGGAUGUUAAAAGAAAGCCACUAAAGUCUAGGUUGCCGAUACUGGAACGUCGUUCAACAAAAGGCUAUAGCUGUGCAGGUAUGAGUUUACAGCUACCAAAGAAAGAUAUCAGACCAGUACCCAGCAAAAGGCUAGAUCCAUUCCCGAUUACAAAGCCCACAUCUCGCAUCCCAGUGUUGAAGGUUAAGAAAGAUACUAAUAGUCCUUCUUCCAUAGGCAUAUGUAGAACAAGCACAUUAGUGAAAGAGAAAAGAAGAACUCAGGUAAUAGUAGCUAAGAGUACGUCAAAGACAGACUCACCAAGAACAUCGAAAAGUAAGACAAAGCAGAAGCAGGUGCAGGCCGCGGGCAAAAUCGCUAACUCGAAGGCUAGUGAAACAGUAAAGCUUGUGGACUGCCAUGCUGAUGAAGACAAAAAGAUGCAGGGAGAUGAUAAGGAUGAAGAAAGGAGCACAUCCAGGAACACGUCUUUGUCAGAAGCUUCCCAGCCCUCCACUACAUCCAGGUCUGCUAGAGACGUGAGAGCAGAGGUUGAGCAGGCCGGCAGAGACAGGAGGAGGAGGAGGAGGAGUAAGAGGACGAGUGGAAGUGAAGGCAGUCAGGGUGCUGGGUCUCAAGUGGCCCCCGGCGUGGAAAUCGAGCCUAGCCCUCAAAGUCCUUGCGAGAGGACAGACCUGCGAAUGGCUAUAGUGGCAGAUCAUCUUGGCCUUAGCUGGACUGAGCUGGCCAGGGAAAUGGAUUUCUCCGUUGAUGAGAUAAAUCACAUCCGUGUGGAGAACCCCAACUCGUUGACAGCUCAGAGUUUCAUGCUAUUAAAGAAAUGGGUCAGCAGAGACGGUAAAAAUGCCACAACGGAUGCCUUAACCGCAGCACUGACAAAGAUCAAUCGGAUGGAUAUUGUGACAUUGCUGGAAGGGCCAAUAUUUGAUUAUGGUAACAUUUCAGGCACAAGGUGUUUUGCAGAUGAUAACGCAGUUUUCCGGGAUCAGGCUGAUGGUUACCACGACAUCAGUCUGGAGCUGCAGAGUCCCUCAGAGUUGUCGUAUGAACCCCCCACCCCUCUCCGCCAGGAUGAUUUCUUUAGCGAGGACGGUAGCAUAGUCCUGCCCAGUAGGUCCCCUGUUAGACCCAAUGAACUGUCCUUGGCGACCACUUCCAGGGACGCGCUCUCCCCCAGUGCAGCACCUCCUACUGUGGUAGCUGAGGAUUCCUCAGUAGGAGGCAGAGGGUCUUAUAGUCGAGACGGGGGCUCGACCGAAGAUGACCUGGAGGCCCAUGACAGUGAUGAGGUGUCUAAACAUCCAGAAGUGUUCAUGCAGAGCUCUCCCCAAGAGCAAGAGGUCCCUUCCAAUGGAGCCCACGGUGCAAGAGAAAGUAGCAGGUCUGGUUUUGAAGAGCAAGAGGACGAAGAUAUGACACAGGAGAAGUCCCUUUUUAAAGGCAUUAACUUGGAGGAAGGGUCAGAGAAUGAGGAGAUAACCAAAGAAAAAGUGCAGGAAAAUCUCUCACAAGUGGAACAGGCAGAAAAAGAGAUGUCUUCACUUGCAGGCUUGCAAGAAGGGCCAUCCAGUGUGAGCCAGGAGAUCGCUGCUUCUGUUCUGCACGCUGAAACACAAAUGCAGGAGAGGAGCCAAAAGACAACUGAGAGGCAGAACGGAGAACAUCCAGAACUUCAAGCUCAAGCCUGCUCACUGCUUGAAGCCCAGGAAUCAUCGAGUAAGGCAAAGGGCAAAGGCAGCAGGGACUCCCCAGAUGACACCGCCGCCGGGCCGAGCACCAUGGACGAGGAGACGGCAGAGCCGAAAGCUAAGCAGGAAGCACAUAGAGACAAUGAGUCCAGUACUGAUGAGGAACACACAGUCACCACCAGGGUGUAUCGACGGAGGGUGAUUCUGAAGGGUGAUCAGGCCAAAAACAUUCCUGGUGAGUCAGUCACAGAGGAGCAGUUCACAGAUGAAGAGGGAAACAUUGUCACCAGAAAAGUUAUCCGGAAAGUGGUGCGUCGUGUGCCCGGAAAAGAUGAGAAAGGGAAGAAGAAGAGGAGCAGGCGCUCCAGACAGGCCGCUAGGGCCGAGCAGCCUGCUGAGGAGGAAGAAGGGCCCUCUAAGAGCCCUGAGGGCCUGGGUGAAAACUCUGAGGUCGGAGAGGGAGACAAGAAGAAAGAAGGGAGACAAAGAGGAAAGAAGGGUCAAUCGUAACGGUCACAUGUGCUAUCUGAGAUCUGAACUUGUUUCAUCAUUGUUUUCCUGGGAAAAGGAUCACUGGAAACGCAACGCAGGAGAUCAGGACAGGGGAUUGUGCGUCUGCAGCCUUUACAUAAACGCAUGGUUUUUAGGAAGAGGACUUUAUGAUUUCGCAUGAGCAUGGAAAACCUCCGACUUUCUGUCAACGACACAAAGCAUCUGAUCGGUGCCAGGAAAUGACACGUUAGCUCAAGACUGUUGGUGGCAUGAAGCUUCUUCUGCGCCUUACGUUGGAGGAGUGCCAGCGACCACAAAAACCGGCACUGAAGCGUUUCCAUGACCAAAGAUGGUACAAAGAGCAUUGUGGACUGACAGAAAAUGUUUUUAAAAACACCUUCUACACUCGCCUUACUUUUUCUCCCCCCCUCUCGGACUAGUGUCGGCUGUAUAAUGCUGUUUUUAAAGAUCCUGUACAUAAACCAGAACUGUAUAAAUUCUAAAGUAGCUCACUAAAAUCGUGAAUGCACUGGGUUUAGACGGCGCGUGUCGGAAUGAGAAACGAAAGGAAAGGAAUGCUGAUAUUAAUUCCGGAUUUAAAGAUCAAUUUUGGGGAGUGACUCCAGGUUGUAAUUACACAAAGAAAAAAAAAUAGAGAACUUUUUACACGAGAAAAAGUUUGCUUGAUUUCAACAGAGUACCUUUUCUUUUUAAGCAUACCACAAUAAUGACAAAAUGACAUAGCUGCAGUUGUGUUAAAAGAUUUACUCAGAAUAACUAAUAUUUUGAUGCAUGUGAUUCACCUUCUUUUUGAUUUGUUUCCUAUCUACAUAACCAGAGGUGUGGUAAAUGUUCUAUCUGUGUGCACACUCAUAGCCUUGGUAUUUGUCACUAAUACUGUUUUAUAAAGACACCACUGUACCACAACAGACUCACAGGAAGUGAAUGGACACGAUCGAAGAUCUUGCAGCUAAAGUUUUCCUAUGCUAUGCAGUCACAGAGAGAGAGAGAGAGAGAGAGAGAGAGAGAGAGAGAGAGAGAGAGUAAACUGGCACACCGUUCAAUUUUAACCAGUCUCAUGUGUAUUAGCACUAAGAGGUCUUUCUGUAAGCCAAGCGUUUGUAACCAUCCUAACAGUGUAUUACUAGGUUCCAAGGCUGCUGUGGUCAUAAGGGGCAUUUUUUAAUUUUGGUUUGGUGAAAUAUUUCCUUAUGUUGAAUAUACUCAAAAGAAAAGAGAGAGAGAGAGAUCACCUUCAGGUAUUCAUUGAAUGAUCUGGUAACAAACUUGUAUGAGAAACCAUACACUGGAUGAUUGAAUUAAUUAUUUAAGCAUAAAAUAAAUUGUGUUCAAACUCAAA